AUGAUCGUAACCGUACAAGGAUGCUCUCAUGGUUCUCUGUCGGUCAUAUAUGACUCGAUAGCCGCAUACGAGUCGCACCAAUCUAAAAAGGUCGACCUCCUUCUUUUAUGCGGGGACUUUCAAGCCUUGCGCUCAGCGCAUGACUUCGCCUCGCUCGCCGUGCCUCCGAAAUACCACUCUCUGGGGACGUUCCACGAGUACUACUCUGGAAAGAGAAAGGCGCCGGUCCUCACGCUGGUCAUUGGCGGGAAUCACGAAGCGAGCAAUUACAUGUGGGAGCUGUAUCAUGGGGGAUGGCUGGCGGAGAAUAUCUACUACCUGGGAGCGGCAGGAUGUGUGAGGGUAGGAGGGAUGAGGAUCGUGGGUGCGAGCGGGAUCUACAAGGACCACGACUAUACCAAGGGUCAUUAUGAGACAGUCCCGUAUACCAGCUCAACGAUGCGGAGUAUAUACCAUAUACGGAACUACGACGUUGCAAAGCUCAUGCAACUAUCGCCAGAACCAAAUACAAUCUUCCUCUCACAUGACUGGCCAAUCACCAUCCCCAACUACGGCGACACCGCCUCCCUCCUCCGCCGCAAACCAUUCUUCAAGUCGGAAGUCCAGUCAAACACCCUCGGAUCGCCGCCGUUGUUACAGCUUCUGAAGCACAAUCAGCCCGAAUACUGGUUCUCGGCACAUCUGCACGUCAAGUUCGCGGCGGUAUUCGAGCAUGGCCAAGGCGCAGCUGUAGCAGCAAGCGGCACGGGAGGGGAUAGUGGGGCAGUAGGGAGUGCUCAAGCGGAGAUUGGCGAGGCGGCGGCAAAUCCCGACGAAAUCAUGAUUGACUCGGACGACGAUGAUGACCCAGCGCCAGCCGAGGCAGCUGCCAACCCGGACGAGAUCGCCAUCGACGAUGAUGAGGAGGACGCUGAGGACGAGCCACAUAUACAUCAGGCGACGGAGGUCAGUAAUGGAGUCACGGCGAAAGAGGCGGAAGCGGCGCUGGAGGUGGACGAGAGUGCAGAUCUAGUCGAGGCUGCUCGGCAGGCGGAUCCUGGUGCGGCGCAGGGUGUCAUCGGCCGGUCUACCGCGGAAGUCCCUGGAACACUGGCUGUCGAGCCUUCCUUAGACGGACCAGAUGCCGAGGCGGGGCCGAGCAGACCGAGAAGGACCAAGUUCCUCGCGCUGGACAAGUGCGGUCCUGGAAAAGAUUUCAUUCAGUUCCUCGAUAUCCCCUCAUCCACCCCGUCAGACCCCUCCGAGCCCCUCGAGCUCACAUACGAUCCCCAGUGGCUCGCCAUCACCCGCGUCUUCCACCCUUACCUAUCGCUCGAAGUCCGGCAAAAGGCUCUUCCGCUCCCGGAUCAUAUGGCUGAAUUGGUCAAAGCCGAGCUGGAGCGAAUAGAGAGGGAAGGCGUGUCGGUACCGCCGAUACCGUCAGCUACGCAGGAAGGAGAGGUAGGUGUCAGCGCGGAGUCACAAGCGGGAGCAUCGAUACGGAAGGGGUCCAUAGCCGUGGCAGCGGUACAGCAGUUCUGGCCUACUGCGCCUGCGCAAGGAGAACCGGGCGGAUCAGAAUCUGCAUGGUAUACCAAUCCCCAGACCGAAGCCUUCUGCGCCAUGCUCGGUAUACCCAACAAAAUCAAUCCUGCGCCAGCUACCGCAUCAUGA